UAUUACAAAACAUCACUCUGUUUUGAGGUUUUUGGAGUUUUGAGUGGAAAACUGAAGUGAUUUACCGCGAAAAAUAACUGUAAUCGAAAAAAUGCUCCGUACAAGCAACGCGAGCACAAUCCUGUGCGAGGAACAAUCCAAAUUCAUUUUGGACCGGAUAAGCUCGGUGGAGAAACAUUUCAGUGAUCUUUGCGGGGCCUUUGCCGAAUUUACCCGGAAGGUGGCUCGGCUGCGGGAUCGUUCCGAUGACCUGGCCCACGUAACCAGCGAAUAUUCCGAAGCCGAAAAGUACAACAAAUCCCUGGCCAGCGGAUUGUCCAGCCUUUCCAAAGCCAUCACCUUGAUCGGUGAUUUCCAGGAUUUGGAAGUGAAGCGUCUGGAAAAUCGAAUCGUCUCGGAACUGUCCCAGUACGAAAUCGUUUGCAAACACUGCAAGGAGAGCGUCAAGGAGACCAUCAUGGUGCGGGACAAAGAGCUGGCCAAGCGUAAGCAACUCGAUCAAUCGAGGGUGCGCAACGCCCGGGGCAAGAAAACGGCCAAGGAUGCAGAGCUGAUGAAAACUAACCUCGAGGUGGCCAAAAGCCUUAAGGAGAUGGAGGAGAUUGUGGGUCGAUUCGAGAAACGCAAGCUGGAGAAUUUGAAAGGUUUACUGCUGGAUUUCGUUAUGAUCGAGUUGAAGUUCCACUCGAAUGCGGUGGAGGUCCUUUCGGCAACGUACCAGGAUAUCGCGGAUAUUGACGAAAAUCGGGAUUAUCAGGGCGUUCACAAAGAAUUGAAAAGACAAAAUAGGCAAUUCAAAAAAUAUCUCCAACAAGACGAGCUUUCCGAUCGGUACUUCCUGCAGCGUAUAAAAUCGCAAUCGAUGGGCGCGCUCAGUUCGAUGUUUGCAGCCGGAUCCGCUUCCCUGGGGCGUAAGAAUAAAAGCUUCAGCUCCACAUCGCUGAAUUCAUCUCAGGAACACACCGAUGAACAGCCACAAUCUGGGUCAGCCGUUUUGGCCGACGAACAUCUGAAAGAUCCUCAUCAACGUAGCACAGCCGUGGCCGGAAUACGUCGUAAUUCUCACAAUUUGCAACGGUCGACAGAAUCAUUGGACUCUGUAAAACGGGACCUUUUCGAGGAUUCGAAAACUAGCUCGGAUGAAGAAAGCGACAGUGAUGACGAAUCAGAAACGGAAUCAGAAGAGCAACGGAAAGACAGAGCCCAGCCAGCAGUGGCUCGAACCCAUCACACCGGUCUGGUGAAACAAGUCAUGAAAAAUCCACGCGGCAACCUCACAAGCACUCCUUCCCAUUCAAGUCCCAGGACAACGUACUUUGUUAAGUCGAUAAAUGGUAUUUUUCGGAAUAUCAAGGUAUAGGCAAGCAAACUUCCACUAGCGGAUUGAGAGAAAAGAAAAAGAAAAUUCAUUCAACUACAUAUCAGUUAUUUUGGUGUGCUAUCAUUAAUUUUAUUUGUUUUUCAUUUGGUUUCCUGCCACUGUUUCAUUCAGUUUUGUGGUUGUGUUAGCGAUCGAUUUGUGGGUGAGUUUGUGGUUUAGAAAGAAUGUGAAUGAUAGGGUAUUUUAUCGAUAAUUCUUACUGUACUAGGUAGUUUUUAGUUCUCCCAACCAAAAAUCGGGUUUCCUAUGAAAUUGUCCCGCCAAUAGUGGUUUGCCUCAUCGUUUGAAUUGCUUCCGAAUAAAAGUAAAAGGAAAGGUGUGUGGUUGGGGGAAAACUAGGUUCUCCCUUGUUGGCGAAAGCAAAUUGUUCGUCCCUAAAAUAAUAAAUCUUAUGCACCCCAGAAAGAAAAUAAAAUAUGCUAAACGAAAUUUUAUGUUCCCGCACAUCCUGCCCUCACGUACACAAUAUGUAAACAAAACAAAAUGCAAUCAGUUAACGACCGAAUGGCGAAUCCAAUGAGUUGUGCCUAACUAAUAAAAUAGGUAAAAUUUACAGCAAUUCUCUCUGAUUCGUAUAAACGCAAGAACAUUGAUUACUUCGGUUUUUACUUUUCGCCCCCUUCGACGCCCGCCUGCUGCAUCAGAUCGGCGAUGCUCUUCUCCAGAUCGUCUAUUCUGUUGCCCAUGUCAUCGAUACGGGAUAUGAUCUGGUCCGACAUCGUUUGGAACUUGUCCUGGACGCUCUGCAUCAGACUCUGGACCUGCAACGACGGAGAGAACGGAUUCAGUUGCAUUGGGGUGAUGGCGGGAGUUGAGAAAGUGCGAAUACAAUAACUGUGAUAUGUACCUUUCGUUAAAUAUAGGCCGGCCUCGAUUCUGCGUUCACCUAAUUUUUUUCGGAACGGAUAAUCGAGUCCUGACUUUCACAUUUAAUAUUUUCCUUAGUUUAUUUAUGUAUCACACAAAUUUGUAACCAUGUGAAAGUUACUGUUCAAGAUUACUAAGAUUCGUCGCGGUAACGUUAAAUGUCGAGGAAGUGCUAGUGAUUCAGUGGAGAGUGAAACGGACCAGCCUUUAGACCUCAGAUAUCCCGGACGCAGCCCAGCAGCAUAAAACUGACAGGCAGGGGCUAGCAUGCAACAGAGGGCAGCAUGAGCGUGCUAUAAUGGAGCAGGGCCGCAGUAAGGAUGAAAGGAUCACGGAGCAAGAGGCAAGAGAAAGGGUCAGCAACGAAGGGAGGGGCGGUCAUCGGUCGGGUAUGAGCGGCAUUGUGCUGGUCCAAAAUGGCCAUUUCAUGGU